AUGCUCGGAACGGACAAUUCGUUAAACAGCAACGAAGGUACGGAACAAACCAAAAAGCCUUCACUUGUUAUCAGCGGAAGUACAAGCAGCGUCGACGAGUUGAGUAGUAGUAACAACAAUAAUAAACAACAUCAACGAGUAGCAAGUGGUAGUAAUAGUAGUAGCGUUGAUGAUUUUUUGAAUGAUGAUGUAGUAACUUCUUCCGAUGAUGAUGAUGAUAACGAAGAAAAUACAUUGGCCAUUUCUAAAAACAAAGGCGGUCCGAAAAAGAAGAAAAAGAAGUACUUGAUACAACAGAAACAUGAUUCCGAAGCAAUGCCACAUCUUUCAAACCUACACAGGCAUCAUCAACAUUUAGGAGGUGAGGAGCAUUACAAACAUUUGACUCAUCAUAAUAGAACGAACCACUGGUCAUCAGCGUCUGUCAUGAUGAAAGAACAAACCGAUUACGGAGAAAUUAAUGUUUAUCCAAUUGAUAUCAAACAAUUACAAGCUUCCGAGACUCAAGUCGCUGGGCACGGAACACGUAAAAAGAAGGAACUCUCUUUACUGGUUCGAGAUGGUAAAAUAUUUAAAGCAAUUCAACCUGGAAGAAAACGUUCAUGGUCUGAGGUUCACUUUUACGAAAAGCAAAUUGCAAAAGCUCCCUAUUUACUGCCGUUCGUUCCAAAAUAUUAUGGAGUGUUUAGAGCUUUUAUUGCAAACGAGGAAGAGGAUUUGGGAGACAAAUCAAUUGAUUCUCUAACGAGAUCAAGUAGCUCAUCUUUGAAUUCUACCUUCUUUCAUGCUGCAUCGUUAACGAGUACUAGCCCUAAUACUUCUCUUCAAACACUGGAUACCAGCAAUGGAGAUGUGAUAUUACGAGGAGUGAAGGAGCCUCUUGCUGUUGUAAAUACGACAUAUAAGCAUAUAGAUUUUUUGGUACUGGAGGACAUUACAGCAAGUAUGGAAACUCCAAAUGUCAUGGACAUUAAAAUGGGACAACGUACCUAUGGAGAAGAUGCGUCACCUGAAAAGAUUUUAGAAGAAGAGUCAAAAUAUCCCUAUCAACAUGUUUUAGGAAUGAGAAUUAGUGGUGCCAAAAUAUAUGAUCGGACUCAAAAAGCAUAUAAAUAUUUAGAUAGACAUUGGGGACGAACCAUUACACCAGAGACUCUCAUGAAUGCUAUGGAAGUCUUUUUCCUUCCUUCAGGAUAUGACGAAGAGGUGCGAGUCGAAAUUGGAAUGAGUGUUCUCGCACAAUUUCUGAAAGAAGUGAAGAAAAUGUACAUGAUAUUCACUCAAAAGAAUGACUUGUUACGAAUGUAUGCGAGUUCACUACUCAUUUCCUAUGACCAUACCAAGAAUUUGUGUGUGAAAAUUAUUGAUUUUUCCCAUGUUCAUGAAAAUCAUACAGGAACGCCAAUUUUCGACACUGGAUUUGCACAUGGCCUUUCUACCAUCAUUUCUGUCACGGAACAGCUUUUGGAAAAGUAUUCCACAAGCACAAAAUGA